AUGCGCUGCGAAUUAUCACGUGACCCUCCAGUUGUGAUUGCACCCCCCCCCCUCUUAAUCCAGCGAGUGGCUGUGUCGGGGAGGUGUGUACAGGCCAUCUUCACUCGCUUCCCUGCGCGUGCUUCGAACUCUGCUUGCCCGCUCUUUCCCUUCCUAAUCCAGCGAGUGGCAGAGUUAGGUAUAUUACCUAAAAUUCGUUCCAGUAAGCUAACCAUAUAGCAUCAAUCAGGUGGUGCUGCAGAACCAAACCUCGCAAAUUUUUUUAAAUCGAAGUCACCCUUUUUGAAUACCCUGACUUGUUCUGUAAAUUUUUUAUUGUUUAUAUUUCUGUCGCACUUAAACUGCGCAAUCACGCGCGCGUCGUCUAUGCUGUUAAUUAAUAGAUAAUAUCGCCCAGACACGAAGAAACGUCGAUUUUCAACUUCUAAACAUCAUCUUUUUCUUACCUUAACAAGUUAUUAAUAUAAUCUGGGGAGAAAAGGCGUUAUACGCAUCAAGUGAGGCUAAGACAAAAGCUGCACUUCUUGGCAAACAAUUUUAUUAAGCAUUCGGAUUCUGAUUAAUGGGUUCACGAAACACAUGACUGUGCUAAAGAUUAUGGCACAUUGUACAACCUAUGUGUAUACUACUGGCUGCCUUUUGGCAGUUUAUGGGGUAUUACACGGUAAUCCUGCGGUGGCUGAUGGAGUUCGAUCCAAAUUUCGGCUCGAGUCUAUAAGUCGCAAAUAAACCGAUAUACUCCGAAUUAGCCACUAAUUUCUGUGUAAAUUAAAAAGCUGCAAUUUCAGAACUGGAGUACCUCUCAGAAAGCACACAGGGAACGCCGGGGGACUCACUGAUGAGCCGAACCCCUCACAGCUGUGUAGCGACAGAAUAUCGGUAAAACAGGUGUCUAGACUUUCGGCUAGUACUUGUGCUGUUAAGUAUGGUAUGAAGUGCUAUCUCUGUAUAUGCUACUGGCUGCCUUUUGGCAGUUUAUGAAUACCUCGCGGUUAUUCCGCAGUAGUUGAUGGACUCUGGUCCAAAAAUUUAUAUAAAAACUCAGUUUGAGCUUAUAAGUCUCAAAGAGAAGGAUUUACUCCAAGUUAGCGAUAAAUUUCUGGAGAAAUAAAAAUUAUGCCACCUCAAAGCUGGAGGAAACACACAGGGAACGCCAGGGGAUCCACUGAUGGGCCGAACGCCUUGCAAUGUGCAGUGGUAGAAUAUCGGCGAAACAUGUGACGGGGCUUUUAGCUAGUACAUCUGCCGACAAUUAUGGUGUAUCGCACAGCCCACGUUUCACGGAAAGAUGCUAGAAUGAAGUCUAUAUCUGGGGAGAAUUGAGUGUUUGUGGCGUCUACGUAGUGAGUGUACUCACAGCGCCACGAUCCUCACAGUCAGGUCCGGCCUUGGAGGAGAAGGGGCCAAACACCGGUAAAAGUCAUGUAUUCUGUGCGGACACACAGAGUUGGUCAGAGCCCCCGACGCGCGACCGGUUCCGGAUCCGCCGUGGUGAUGAAUGAAUUAGCGUCAUCUGGGAGCCAUUCAGCACUGCAUAAGUGCCAGAAGGCAAAGGCUUAUACAUUACCGAGGCGCUACGUACUCACCCAACGCUACGCGCUUAACUACAAACAACAUCGGGAUUGAAGGGUAAUGAGACAAGAGUUCUCACAGAGCUCACUGACAGUCGUCAUAUUAAUCGUCCCUCGCCAGUGAGGAGGAGGAGGAGGAGGAGGAGGAGAAAGAGGAGGAGAAAGAGGAGGAGAAAGAGGAGGAGGAGGAGGAGGAGGAGGAGGGUGAAUCCGGUCUUAGCCUGAGGACCGGUGUACUGGGCGACUACUUAAUUUGGCGUUAG